GUGUUUGAGUCUAUUCUGCGAAUAACUUGCAAUAAUGAAGGUCGCUUUUGUUUUGGCAUUGGUAGUGUUCAGCUUGUACACUCCAGAAACUGAUGCUCAAGUACUAUCCGGAUUACUAGAAAGUCGCCGUUACCAUAAAUCAUUCUGUAAACUGAUGGAACCAAUUGCAACCGAAUGGGUAGCUAGUGAAAGCACUGAUGUGGACAUUUGUGGGGCUCUAAAAACCUUUGAUAAAUAUUGCAAGAAACGCCUCUCCAAGAAGAAGAAUUGUAAAGGGAUUCAUACGAGUAAGCCUACACCUACCAUGCCAGGGGCGAUAACAAGUGAAGGACAAGACAUAGAAGUACCAACUGAAACAACAGAGACAACUGAAACAAUCAAACCAACAGAAGCAACAACAAAUGAAGCUGAAACAGAAGAAGUAACUGAAAAUACAUCAACAGAAACUGCAUCAAAUGUAACUGAAUCAGCAGAAAUAACUGAUAAUACACCAACUGAAACGACAACAAAUAUACCUGAAACAGAAGAAGAAACAGACAUGAUAUCAACAGAGAUUGUUUCAAACGCAGCUGAACCAGAAGAAGUAACUGAUAACACAUCAACAGAAACAUCAACUAACUGGAAUUUUGAUUUGGAAGGGGAAGACAAUUCGGCAGAAAAUGAGUUGUAAUUGAAAGUAUACACUAAAUAAAUAUUAUUUCUGAAGAUAA